AUGACUUCACAACCACCGCUAUCGCAGCAACUAGGACCAACGAGUACUAUCCGCUCUGUAAAGAAAAGACCACCUUCACAGCCGCCUGUUGGCUCUGAAAUGUGGAAGUUGGACGGACUCGCUCAUUCUGUCUUACAGGUCUUGUUCAUUAAGCGACAUCUGGACCAAUCUGAUUCUACUGAACCUACUCAUCAUACCAAGAAAAAGAAUCUAUUGUUUCAACCGGAUUUCAACUAUGGAGUUGCUGCUACUCAGGAUUACAGCCAGGCAAGCACUGGUUCGAGUGUUUUCAGCAAUGGUCUGGACUAUGAUUUAGUCUCGAAUACGGACAGUCAAUCUAGUCACUUGCAAUCCACUGAUGAGGCCGAUGCUGAUGUAGUUGCUGGUUAUAUUGCUCUCAAAAUGCUUGAAGAGAAUUCAUUUUUGUGGGGUGCGCUCGACACUCCCCAAACUACACCACCGCCUAUAUUCCAGCGUCUUCUUCUUGUUUUAUUGGGAAACUAUAUUAUUGAUGCUGCUCAAAACCAACCCACUUCAUCGGAUUCUACGCCCGAUGAAAAUACAAUCUGGCAGUUGGGCUCAGCCGCAUACAUUCUCGAAGCUGGCUUUCUUGAACUGCCUUUAGAUUUGGUCACUGUAUAUAUCGAACUGCUUCGUGAGUUGCGUACCCAGAUCUACAUAUAUGCAUAUCUCAAUGGUGAUUCGACGCACAGGUGCAAAAUGGCAUUUCUGAAAAAUCUAGAGUCGCCUGCUGGUGGUUGUAUAUCUGCUCAGCUGAUGGAUGAGUUUCAAUCGCUACUAAAGUCUCGCUUACAAGAGAUUCAGACGAUCUUGCACAAUUCUGACGGGGACAUCAUGCAGGUUGCUUAUAUGUUUCCAUUUGAUGGAUUUUCUGACGAUGUUGCUGCAUUCAUUGCAAUAUUGAGUAAAUUACUAGCUAUUGAUUACUCUCCCAAGACUGUUCGCGAUACUGUAAGAAAUGCAAAACAAAAAGGUCAUCAACCACUAUGGAAUCUAUACUCCAAUAUGUCAAAAAUAGAAUCCGCUCUUUCCGAUCAAACCAUGGACGAUAAAGUAACAGAUACAAAUGAUAAUAGUGAUUCUCAUGAUGCUACUGCACAAGAAAAUGCUCUUCACAGCAAAUUGACUAUGUCUGUCCCAUCAUGGGAGCAAUCUGUUGUUCCCAACCAAUUGCGUGAGUGGAUCGGUGAGAUGCUGGAUAGUAAUGGGAGCGAUACUACUUUAUCGGAUAGUUUUGAGCUGUCAUUGAGGUCAAGAAAAGGAGCCCGGAAAUCAAUGAAACGAGCACGUAUAGAAAGUGAUGAGUCUACCAUGUCCAAUGAGCUUGUUCCCUGCACUCCGGUAACGCAAAGUCAUAAACGUAUCCCAGCAAACAUCGCGCCAGACAAGUCAACCACCAUAUUGAGCAAGACAUCAUCUAUCCCUGUUGGUACGGCUACUCCUACUUUUAUUCGUAAUAGUGAAACCAGCAGCAGUCAAGAAGAUGACGAUACUGCAUAUUUUUCAAAUACGAGAGAAGCUGAACUAAUGCGCAAAGUUGCUCGUAUCCACAAGGAACAGCGUAUAUUUCACCAGAAGCAGCUUGAAAUGGAACGUCGUAAUGAAAAGAUGCAAAAUCGUAUACUGGUUGCUUUGGAUAAUCUGACCAACGCUAUCAAAAAUAUUAAUUCCAAUACAAUCCAACACCAAGCGAAAGCUCCUGCAAAUACCAUGGCUAGGAAUCGCCGACAUUUUAAUCAAAACGAUGGAACUGGAUUAAAAAAGCCAACUACUUCAACCACAGCUACUUUGAGACAAGCCUCAAGUGCCAAGACUAACCAGCGCUCACGAUCGGUUUUCAAACGGCGUAUUCAACUAUCAGAAACUAAUAGCGAUUCUUUUUCCCAACCUAAUUUGUAUUCGUCCUAUUUUCAACAAGGAUCUCCUCAGUUUGAAAAUGAGCUGCAUUUCGACAAUUCAGAAUCUAAUGCAUUUGCAUUGCCUUUAUCUCGGCCAGCUUCCGUGAAUGGUUUGCAGCAAAGUAGUUCAUAUACAGCCAAGCCAACAUCAAAUGAUGGUAUAUCAGAUAUGAUCAACUCACCUCAGUUUGAUGAUGGAUCAUCUAGCGAUCAUGAUCAAGAUUCGAAUCAGGUUAACGCCAUAAGCGACUCUGGAAUGUAUGGAAGCAUAUUGGACGCACAUAAACUCUCCGACUCUCAACGUCGUAUCAAAUGGAAGGGGUAUGAGGUGGAUGAUUUGAACAAAGCGCUCGGACUGUAUGGACAUAGGUGGUCCUUUAUUUCUAAACUUGUAAGAAGCGAUGGCCAAAUGGCAUUUCCUGGUCGUAGUGCUGACCAAAUUCUACACAAGUUUGUUCAGGAAAGCUUGCGACGACAGAGACUUGGUCUUCGAUUGGGUAAUUUUCGAUACGGUCUGGAUAAGACAGAGGGAAAAUAG